AUGGCUCAGCUUUUCGCAGGAACGACAUUGAUUCGCCAGAAUGGAGAUAAAGUUGAUGGAGGCGAGGCUUUGAAGGGAAAGAAGGUUGUCGCUCUUUACUUCUCCGCUAUGUGGUGUGGAUCCUGCCGUCAAUUUGCCCCAAAACUGAAGAGAUUCUACGAGGCUAUGAAGUCUUCUGGUAAGGAUUUCGAAAUUGUUUGGGUUUCACGUGAUCGCGCUGAAGAAGAUCUUAUGGAAUAUUUUGAGCAAGCCGGUGACUGGUUGGCAAUUCCAUUUGGAGAUGAGAGAAUCCAGGAGUAUUUGAAAAAGUACGAAGUUCCAACUAUCCCAGCACUGAAAAUUAUUGGCCCAGAUGGCGAACUUGUGGAUGCUGAUGCACGCAAUCAAGUUCAAGAAAAAGGAAAGGAGGAGCCAGAAGCUCUAUAUAAUGAAUGGGUGGCUAAGAUCGACGCAUUGUAA